AGAGAGAACGAGGAAGGAAAAGAGGCAGAAAGAGAGCUAGAGAGAGUGCGGAAGAGAGAGAGAGAGGGAGGAAGAGAGAGAGGAAGGGGAAGCGAGAGAGAGGCAGAAAGAGAACUAGAGAGAGAGAGAGUGAAAUAAUACAACCAAAGCUGGAGACUUUAGGAUAAACAAUAAUUCUUCUCUUGCUUGUUAUUUUCAAAAACGUAUUUUUCUGUUUCUUUAACUGGUGCAAAUUGGUGGCUAGUACUGGCUACUACCCAUUGAAGGCUCAAGGGUUCUAGUUCUGUAUAGUUUCCCCUGCUUCUUCCAGUUCCUACUCAUUGUCCACUAGUGGGCAUUUCCCUCUAAGAAGCAUGCAGCUCCUCUGGCUGUCCCUAUUGCCCUGUCUGUACCUGGCCUCGCUGUGCUCUGCAGAGCAGGGACUGGAGUUCCCCAGCUUUGACGGGAAGGACCGCGUUCUGCACAUCAACGAACGCAACUACAAGAAGGCUCUGAAGAGGUUUGACAUGCUAUGCCUACUCUACCAUGAACCGCAGCCGGCUCACAAAGGCAGACAGAAGCAGCUUCAGAUGACUGAGCUUGUGCUGGAGCUGACUGCACAGGUCCUGGAGGACAAGGACAUUGGCUUUGGGAUGGUUGACUCUCAGAAGGAUGCCAAAGUUGCCAAGAAACUGGGUUUGGAGGAGGAGGGCAGUAUGUACAUCUUCAAGGACGACCGUGUGAUCGAGUUUGACGGGGAAUUCUCAGCAGACACCCUGGUGGAAUUCCUGCUGGAUGUGUUGGAGGACCCAGUGGAGCUCAUCAGUAACCCUAUGGAACUGAGGGCCUUUGAGAGGAUGGAGGAAGACAUACGCCUCAUUGGUUACUUCAAGGGAGAGGACUCAUACUACAAGGCGUUCCAGGAGGCCUCAGAGCGGUUUCAGCCCUACAUCAAGUUCUUCGCCACAUUCGACAAAGCUACGGCGAAGCACCUUUCUCUGAAGAUGAACGAGGUGAACUUCUAUGAGCCCUUCAUGGAAGAACCAGCCAUCCUCCCUGGCAGGCAACUCUCAGAGAUGGAGAUAGUGGAGUUUGUCCACCAACACAAAAGGGCGACUCUGAGAAAGUUGCGUGCAGAGGACAUGUUUGAGACGUGGGAGGAUAACCUGGAUGGGAUCCACAUCGUAGCCUUUGCUGAGGAGGAAGACCCAGAUGGUUAUGAGUUCCUGGAGAUCCUGAAAGACGUGGCCAGAGACAACACCAACAACCCUGAGCUCAGUAUAGUGUGGAUAGACCCUGAUGACUUCCCACUGCUGACCACAUACUGGGAGAAGACCUUCAAGGUGAACCUGUUUAAGCCUCAGAUUGGAGUUGUGAACGUGACAGAUGCGGACAGUGUCUGGCUGGACAUGUCCAACGAUGAAGACCUGCCCACAGCUGAGGAACUGGAGGACUGGAUCGAAGACGUGCUGUCUGGGAAGGUCAACACUGAGGAUGACGAUGAUGUGAAGGACGAUUAUGACGGGGUUGACCGGGAGGAUAGGCACCAGAGUGACGAUCACGAUGAUGACUAUGACGACCAUGAUGACAGUGACUAACCUGCAGUCCAGCAGAGAUUGCAUGUUUUAUUGAACAGUCUGGUAUUUUAUCUUGUAUUUUCAUGAAAAUUGUAGGGUAAAAUGGUAGUUAUAGAGAAUUAUCGAAUAGUAAACGCUUGGUUUCUUUGGGAUUUAUUUAAAGAUGUCCAUGUAUAGCUUUACUACUUGAUACCAGGUAUCUGCAGUGAUAUCUGCAGUGUUCAGUUCUUUGUACUAGAAGCACUAAAAUAACCAAUUGUUACAAUGCAAUUUCUCAGACCAUAGCACGUAAAUACUUAAUUAGACUGUGAAAUAAACUGCAACACCAGUACAUCAUAGAAUGACUUGUUACAUUUUCUAAAUGAAAGCUAAAGCUUCUUUAUGGCAGAGGAUUGUAAAGGUUCUUAUGAGUCCAGGUUGUGUUGUCUUGAUUCCAUAAAUACUUGAUUGUAUAAUUAUGUGAUUGUGUAUGAAUAAAUGUAAUGUAACCUAAAGGUUUUGGGUGUGUGAUGUGUGUGUCCCAGUGGAGGCUGGUGGGAGGAGUUAUAAGAGGGCGGACUGUUGUAAUGGCUGGAAUGGAAUAAAUGGAACGAUAUCAAACAUAUAGAAACCACGUUUGAUUCCGUUCCAUUUCUUCCAUUCCAGCCAUUACAAUGAGCCAGUCCUCCUAUAACUCCUCCCACCAGCCUCCACUGGUGUGUACAUG